ACCGCGAUGAACCAUCCUAGCGCAGCACGUGAAACACGACAGGCAAAAGGGAACGCACAAUAAGAACUCGGUGGCCGGAAAGGCGGUCCGCAACGAACGGCCGGGUAAACUGAGAAAAUAGGACAAAAACAAACCAUUUCAUGUGCAAGUUAGAAGUGUGCUCGGGCGAUCUCUAAAAUUAUUUGAUUUCUCCCUAAUCUGUGCCGGAUUCGAAUACCAAAAACAGUGUUUUGAUCCGGAUUAGUAGGUAGAAUCGAUUUACUCCCCAAUUAGGGCAGAAACUUACUUAUUUGUAUUUCUUAAUUAGCUUUUAAUUAUACCCCACGUGGAAUAUUGGCCGAAGGCAAAUUUGUUACCUAAUUGAAUAUCGAUCGAUCGUAGCCUUUAAAUACUGUGCCCGCCAGCAACAAUAGCACCAACAGAGAGUUGCAUCGGUACUUAAGGAAAAACUGCUCAUGUAAGAUAGUUUAUUCGCCCAAUUUGCUAUGAUACUAAAUAAAAUGAAUUUUUCUAGUUUUAAGCUGCUAAUACAAAAAAGCUGCUUUAAAAACUCAGUUGUUCACAAGUCCGAACAAAACUUAAAAAUGAGCAACCUCACUGGCUAUUGCUGCGGGAUCUGCAAGGCUGCGGUGGAAAAGGACGGUGACCUGCCCUUCUGCGACCACUGCCAGCAAUUCUUCCACUACGAGUGCGCGCAGCUCGAGAAGGGCGUCAAGGACGAUUCCUGGAGGUGCCCCAACUGCGCGACCGAAAUGGAGGUCACCCAGGUCAUCGUGAAGUUUGACGACCUGGAAAAGACCCUGCAGGAGCUGGAAGCAGAAGCGAAGCGCCAGGAGGAGAGAAUCUUCGCGGAACAACAGCUGCACAAACGUCGCCUGGAGCUGCAACAGCAAACACAGCAGCGUCAACAAGAGGCCGAAAGGCAGAUGCUGGCCCUCGAGCAGCAGCUCAUGGAGCAACAACUCGCUGCCGAGAAGCAGUUCCAGGAACAGCAGAAGAAGAAUAAGGAAGAAUUCGAGGCCAAGAUGGCACAAAUAAAAGCCGAGGCAAAGAGUCCUAAAACAAAAAAGGAAAAGAAAAUCAAGAAGUCCAAAGGGGACAAAAAGAAGCUCGAUGCCUCAGGCACGGCUGGCCCCAGCGGAAUCUCAACGCCGCUCCGACAUCCGGGAGUUACGAUUCCAGAAGUACCCAAACCAAAACCGACUCCGAUACCGGCGGACUCAGGUGAAGAGGGUAACGGCAACGAAGGAGACGAGUCCGGCUCGGACACUAGCGGAACGGAGACGGAAUCCAGUUCGUCGGAUGAUGAGCAGGAAAAAGCGGAAGUAGAACCACCCAAGCAGCUACGGGGGCCAACGAAGGCGCAGCUUACUGCCCGCCAGUUCUUGGCCAGAAAACUGAACAUUGGACGCUGCGAGGAGUGGCCAAUGUUCAUAAGCAGCUACGAGACGUCGAACCUGGCCUGCGGAUUUUCGAACGUCGAGAACCUCGCUAGACUGCAAGACAGCAUUCGGGAGCCAGCGUUGACCAACGUGCGCAGCCUACUGUUGCUGCCCGAGAAGGUCCCGGCGGCGAUCGAAACUCUUCGCAUGCUGUACGGCCGGCCCGAACAGCUGCUCAACAUGCUGCUGAUCAAGGUACGGAAGGCCGACUCUCCCCGGUCGGAUCGUCUGGAGUCGUUCAUUUACUUCGGCGUCGUAGUUCAGCAACUCGUAGACCACCUCGAGGCCACCCACAUGAACGAUCACCUGGUCAACCCACUGUUGAUCCGAGAGCUGGUGGAGAAACUACCCGCCGGGUCGAAGCUCGAGUGGAUUCGGUUUAAGAAGCAGAAGAAGCACGUCACGCUCCGAACUUUCGCUGACUUCCUGUCGGACAUCGUGACCGAUGCAAGCGAGGCCACACUGUUCACCGAACCGCAGUUGCAACAUCAGCCGCAGGCUCGCAGAGACGCCAAACCAAAAGCUGGAUCCAGAACGCACGAAAGCUACCUUCACACUCACGCUGCUGCGGAGAAUAGCGGAGACACAAACCAUGCCGGUGUAAACAACAAAAGACCAUGCAGGAUUUGUGAUCGCACCGACCAUCGAGUCCGCAACUGUGAGAAGUUCAAGCAGCUGAAAUUGGAGGAUCGUUUGGACGCUGUCAAGAAGUGGCAACUCUGCAAGCUGUGCCUGAAUGAGCACGGGUCUGCCCGCUGCCGGAUGAACUUCAGGUGCAACGUGGGAAACUGCAAGGAGCGGCACAACGCACUUCUGCACAGCGACGUCCCCGCAACGGUCGCCAACUGCAACGCUCACGAUGUGCGGGCCAGACAGCCGGUGAUCUUCAGGAUGAUACCGGUCACGCUGUACAACGGUGGCAGAUCGGUCAACAUUAUCGCGUUUCUGGACGAGGGAGCUUCGUACACGUUGGUGGACGAGUCCAUCACGAAGUUGCUGAACGUUCGCGGCUCAGUUCAACCGCUGCGCAUUAUGUGGACUGCUGGAGUUUCAAGGCUGGAGAAACAAUCGGAGAACGUGUGCCUGUCGAUCUCUGCAAGAGGGGUGUCGACUCAGUUCCAGAUCAAGAACGCCCACACCGUGAACGAGCUGAAACUUCCGGAACAAACCGUGUGCUUCGCAGACGUCGUCAAGAAGUACAAGCAUCUGCACGAUCUCCCGGUGGCAGAUUACCGCGGCGCGCCGAAGAUCUUGAUUGGCUUGAAGGAUCUGCAUCUGUACGCGCCUCUCGAGUCUCGUAUCGGCGGCGCUGGAGAACCAAUCGCUGUAAAGUCGAAACUUGGAUGGACGAUCUACGGCCCCCACGAGAACAACGCGCCAGCAGUUGGAUUCGUAGGUCAUCAUGCUAGUCACCAAGUUUCUAACCAAGACCUACAUGAUCUCCUGAAGAACCAGUACCUCCUCGAGGAAACUGGCAUCUCCAUGGCGCUGCUGCCGGAGUCGGACGAGGACAAGCGAGCCAGGUCGAUUCUGGAGUCAAUGACAGUGCGCAUCGGGGAUCGAUACGAGACCGGCCUGUUAUGGAAAGCGGACGACACAAGUUUCCCCGACAGCUACGUGAUGGCGCUGAAAAGGUUGAAAUCCCUGGAAAGAAAGCUGCUGAAGAACGACUCGCUGUACGACAACGUGCGGCGCCAAAUCGUCGAGUAUAAACAGAAGGGCUACGCGCACAAGGCCUCCCAGCAAGAACUGGCUGCGUGCGAUCCGCGAAAGGUGUGGUACUUGCCGCUGAACGUGGUGACGCACCCCAAGAAGCCGGAAAAAGUACGCCUCGUGUGGGACGCGGCCGCUACUGUGGCGGGAGUCUCGCUCAACAGCCAGCUGCUCAAGGGGCCGGACAUGCUGACGUCGCUUCCUUCCGUAAUCUUCCGAUUCCGUGAACGUCCUGUCGGAUUCGGUGGUGAUAUCAGGGAAAUGUAUCACCAGCUGCGCAUACGGAAGGAGGAUACGAACGCCCAGAGAUUCCUGUUCCGGAAUGACCCAACGGCCGAGCCUGAGGUGUACAUCAUGGACGUCGCCACCUUCGGGGCAACUUGCUCGCCGAGUGCCGCGCAGUUUGUGAAAAACAAGAACGCGGAGGAGUUCUCGAAGCAGUAUCCCGCGGCGGCGAAGGCAAUCGUGGAGAACCAUUAUGUUGACGACUACUACGACAGCGCGUCGACGGUCGACGAAGCGAUUCAGCGGGCGAAGGAGGUCAGACUCAUCCACUCGAAAGCGGGCUUCGAGAUCCGCAAUUGGGUGGCCCUUUCAAGCGAGGUUGUCAGCGCGCUGGGCGAGAAGGAAGCCGAUCAGAAAGUUCACCUCAGCCAAAACAAGACGACCGGUUACGAACGAGUGCUGGGCAUUGUUUGGAACACGAGCACCGACGAGUUCUUGUUCUCGGCCGAGAUGAGAGAGGAUCUGGAGCGGUACUUGAAAGGAGAGCUGCGGCCCACGAAGCGGGUGGUGUCGAGCUGCGUAAUGAGCCUGUUCGACCCCCAAGGUUUUCUGAUCUCGUUCACGAUCUUCGGGCGGAUUUUGAUCCAGGACUUGUGGCGGGCUGGCUGUGAUUGGGACAAGGCGGUCGACGACGAAGCGUGGGAGAAAUGGAAGCGCUGGGUGAGUCGCCUGCAAGAAGUCGAAGGCGUUCGAAUCCCGCGGUACUACUUCCAGGGCGCGCACGAUCUGAACUACGAUACGUUGGAGCUUCAUGUUUUCUGCGACGCGAGUCAGUGCGCUUACGGUGCUGUUGCCUUCUUUUGGAUUAUGUCGUCGAUGGGCCCAAUCUGCGCGCUCGUGUCCGGGAAGUCAAAGGUGGCACCUCUGAAGCUGCUCAGCAUCCCGCGCUUGGAACUGCAGUCAGAUGUGGUCGGCUCGAGACUCAUGAACUUCGUGCAGGAGAACCACACCCUCAAGAUUGCGGAACGGUUCAUCUGGUCAGACUCUGAAGUUGCUUUGUCGUGGAUCCAUUCUGACCAGCGAAAGUAUAAGCAAUUCGUUGCCUUUCGCGUCGGCGAAAUUCUGACGCUGACCAAGCAGAGCGAGUGGCGGAAGGUGCCAUCAAAGCUGAAUCUGGCAGACAUGCUCACCAAGUGGGACAACAAGCACAGUUUCGGGCCGGACGGGCCAUUGUCACGAGCGCCGGAAUUCAUCGAAGAAGCCAAGAGACUGUGGGCCAUCUCGAAGCAGCAGGUGCAGCUGAACACGCCCGAGGAGAUGCGAGCGAGUGUGCUGUACCACAGCAUCAUUGUCACCGAGCAAAUCAUCGAUCCUCAAAACUUCUCUCGCUGGACGGUGAUGGUAAGAUCCGUGGCGUGCCUGGCUCGAUUUCGCUCCAAUUGUCGCAGAAAAGCAAAGGGUUUGCCGAUUGAAGCACUUCCCCUUUCGAAGGCGAUGAAGGGGCUCGUGAAAAGGACCGUGCCAACAGUUCCAGUCCCGCUGAAGCGGGAAGAAUACCAGAUGGCGGAAACAUACUUGUGGAGAUGGGCGCAAGCGGACUACUUCCCGGACGAGGUGACGACCCUUCUUAAAAACCUCGAACUCCCCGCGGACAAGAAGCUAUCCCCGGAGAAGAGCAGCGUGCUGUACAAGCUGACCCCGUUCCUGGAUGAGCAGAAAGUGAUGCGAGUUGACGGUCGACUUGAGCGAGCUACCAUGGUUCCGUUUGAGGUUCGCUUUCCCGUCAUCCUGCCCAAAGGUCAUCCCGUGACAACGAAGCUGCUGGAGCACUAUCACCAGAAGAUGGGCCACGCGUACUUCGAGACGACAAUCAACGAGCUUCGGCAGCGUUUCUUCAUCCCGAACCUACGAGCCGAGCUGAAGCUGGUGAUGACGGCGUGCGUUAAGUGCAAGGUGGACAAAAGCGUACCGGCGAUCCCAAGAAUGGCACCACUUCCAGUCCAGCGUGUGACUCCACAUCAGCGGGCGUUCAGCUACACCGGGGUCGACUACUUCGGCCCAGUAGCAGUGACGGUCGGGCGGCGUUCCGAAAAGCGUUGGGUCAGCCUCUUCACGUGUUUGACCACGCGUGCCAUCCAUCUGGAAGUCGUGCAUAGCUUGACCACACAGUCGUGCGUCAUGGCUAUCAGACGAUUCGCUUGCCGGAGAGGAAUGCCCAUCGAGUUCUUCAGCGACAACGGCACGAACUUCCAGGGCGCGAGUAAGGAGAUCGUACGCGUGGACGCGGAAUGCAGAGAAGAGUUCACCGACGCCAGAACCAGCUGGAACUUCAACCCACCAUCAGCGCCGCACAUGGGCGGGGCCUGGGAGAGGCUUGUGAGGUCGGUCAAGGAAGCUCUGAAGGCGUUCGACGACGGGAGAAAGCUGACGGACGAAGUGUUGCUGACCAGUUUGGCGGAAGCGGAGGAUCUCAUCAACACACGUCCGCUGACGUACCUGUCAACCGAAGCAGGAUCAACUGAAGCUCUUACGCCCAACCAUUUCUUGCGAGGAGUGACGGCCAACGAUAGAGCUCAACGCGCUGAAUCGACCAGUCCAGCCAAAGCUCUCCGAGACUGCUACAAGCGGUCGCAACUCCUUGCUGACUGCUUUUGGAAACGCUGGAUUGCGGAGUACCUUCCGACCCUGAACCAACGGACGAAGUGGCACGCGGAGGCGGAGCCUAUUGCGUGUGGAGAUGUCGUCUACGUCGUGGAAGGCGCUAACCGCGCCAACUGGGUCCGGGGCAUCGUGACGGAGGUCUUCAAGGGUGCCGAUGGACGCAUUCGGCAGGCGAUGGUGAGGACAAGCAGAGGAGAGCUGAAGCGGCCGGUGAGCAAACUGGCGGUGCUAGAGAUUCAGGAGCGUAAAACUGGUGCGAAGGAGGCUCCACCCACCAGAGUUACGGGGCGGGGCGAUGUUGGCACCGCGAUGAACCAUCCUAGCGCAGCACGUGAAACACGACAGGCAAAAGGGAACGCACAAUAAGAACUCGGUGGCCGGAAAGGCGGUCCGCAACGAACGGCCGGGUAAACUGAGAAAAUAGGACAAAAACAAACCAUUUCAUGUGCAAGUUAGAAGUGUGCUCGGGCGAUCUCUAAAAUUAUUUGAUUUCUCCCUAAUCUGUGCCGGAUUCGAAUACCAAAAACAGUGUUUUGAUCCGGAUUAGUAGCUUUUAAUUAUACCCCACGUGGAAUAUUGGCCGAAGGCAAAUUUGUUACCUAAUUGAAUAUCGAUCGAUCGUAGCCUGUAAGUAAAGUUCAUUUGAUCUGGAGAACUUUAGAUUCUAAAACUAAUGCGAAAACUUUAAUUAUUAGUUAAAUACUGUGCCCGCCAGCAACAAUAGCACCAACAGAGAGUUGCAUCGGUACUUAAGGAAAAACUGCUCAUGUAAGAUAGUUUAUUCGCCCAAUUUG